AUGCAAAGAUUCGGUCGGUCAGAUUUGUCCAAACAUCACGAACUUGAUGACUUAUGGGUGUCAAUCCGGGGUAAAGUGUACGACGUCACCAAAUAUGCCGAUGAUCAUCCUGGGGGCAUCGAAGUCUUGAAGGACGUUGCGGGAUAUGACGGCACUGAAAGCUUCGAAUAUGUAGGCCACUCAGAAGAUGCAUACCGGACGCUGGAAGAGUUCCAAAUUGGGUUGCUUGUCGACCAUGUAAGUCCACAAGAGCGGAAUGGGAAGGCGCCUAUCACUGCUGACAAGUCUGCCUUGUAG